AUGAUGGCCUCCUCGUCUUCCUCCUCCGACCUCAGUGCGGAUCACCGGCUCUUGCAAGAUGACCUCCCAUGGCCUUCUCCUUCUUCCAUGCCGCCCCCGCUCGCUCCAGCUCUUCAUCAUGCUGUCGGAGGCAACCACCACCAAUGGAGCCAGCCCCUAAUGCUUGAGCAGUUGAGUUCAGACGAGCUUGAGGCACUCCUGUCAGCACAAGUCCACCAGCAUCAUAGCCAUAGCCAGUUGCUUGCUGCUCCAUUGACAGCAAACCCUCAUCAUCAGCUGAGCUCACUGCUGAUGAUGCAAGAGCUAGGGUUCCAAUGGAGUAGCAGCUGCGGCGCCGCCGAUGGAGACUCGAACGAGACAGCGCAAGAUGCGGUCAAAGAGGACGCCAAGCUACCAGGGCCCCUUGUGCUUCCAAGACCGUCAUCGUCGUCGAGCAUCGCUUACGAUGACGACAUGGCCGUCGACGUGCUCCCAAGCGUCAACGUCUCGCGGCUGCAGAAGAUUCCAUGCCCAGUCGCGGCGGGGCCUUUUGGCGGCCGCGCGGAGGCGACCCUCGAGAUGCUAGCUUCGGCCAAAUUCUGCAAGAGCCUGCUGGGCUGCAGCCAAGCUUCUUCGACGGUGCUGCUCCAUAACGGCGGUGGGACGGCGCCAUUGCUGGGGAUGGGAGGGCAUCAUGUGGCAUAUGGCCCUCCUCCUCCUGUUCAUCGUCUGCAAGGGCCAUCCUCCAUUCUCCACACCUACAACAAGAUGGGUGUGCCUGCUGCUUUAUUGAGUGGAAACGGAAGCGCGCUGCAAGCAGCCACGGGGAGAUCAUCAGGAGGGGGAGGCCUGCACGACGAGCAGCAAUUGCAAAUGUUAGAAGUAUCGUCGAAGAAGAAGCCUCGGCUGCUCCACUCGCGCCCCGCCACCAACAACAAUAUCCUCCCUUCUUUCAAGGUAAGGAAAGAGAAGCUAGGGGAUAGGAUUGCUGCUCUUCAACAGCUGGUCUCACCCUUCGGCAAGACUGACACAGCAUCAGUGCUGAUGGAGGCCAUUGGGUACAUCAAGUUUCUUCAAGACCAGGUCGAGACUUUGAGCGGGCCGUACAUGAGAUCAGCCAAACAUAAGAAAGCCAGGACAACACAACAGCGGGGGCCGUCAGACACCGGAGAUCAGAAGGAGGAAGCAAAGGUUGAUCUUCGUAGUAGAGGGCUGUGCUUGGUGCCUCUCGCGUGCACAUCCUACGUCACCAACGAGAAUGGCAUCUGGGCCCCACCUAAUUUUAGGGGAAACUAA